AUGGCGCAGCUCGGGGGGCUGAUCGCCUCUGCGCUCCUCAAGGUGGUGGGGGAUCAGAUCAGCUCCGUGCUCGGCGGCCAGAUCAAGCUGCGGCGUAACUUCGGCAAUGACCUGCGCAGGAUGAAGGAGACGCUCGAGUGCGUCGAGGCGGUGCUGCUGGACGCCGAGAGGCGGGCCAUCACUGACAACGAGGUCCGCCUGUGGCUGAAGCGGCUCAAGGACGCCAUGUACGCCAUCUCCGACAUGCUUGAUGAUUCCGAAGCAGAGGAGGUCUCCCGCAAGAAGAAAUUGGCUGUUGUGAUCCCUUUUCUCACAACUGUUAACAAGAUUAAAAUGGCUAAUAAGAUGAAGACGAUGAGAGAGCAUGUGGCGGAGAUCACAGCUCAACACAAGGCCUUCAACUUAAUGCCAGGGGCUGGUGCCAAUAAGCAGAAAGUUACCGAUACACGUGUAACAACAUCAUCGACCCUGAAGGCACAGAUCAUUGGGAGGACUGAUGAGGAAGAGAAAAUACUGGCUUCUGUAUCUAAGGGCAUCACAGAACAAAUCACCUUUCUUCCUAUAUAUGGUAUUGGGGGCCUUGGCAAGACAACCAUGGCCAAACUAAUCUACAAUAAUAAUCCCCAAUUCCAAGACUACUCAAGGGUGUGGGUAUAUGUGUCCCAGACAUUUGACUUGAAUAAUAUUGGUAAUUCUAUAAUAUCACAACUUUCAGGUAAUACGAGUCAAGACACUAACAGGGAGAUGAUACACAUUGCUCUUCAAAAGUUGUUUGCUGAAAAGCAGAAGAUUCUGAUCGUUUUAGAUGAUUUGUGGGAGGGCAGUGAUUUUCUUUUGGAUGAUCUGAAGACUAUGUUAAUGGUUGAGAAGGCAAGCAAGGUGGUUGUUAUACUAACCACACGGAAUGAAGGCAUUGCAAAGAAGAUGUCAACCAGACCACACAAAUUAGCACCACUGACAAAUGACAUGUGUUGGACUAUAAUAAAGCAAAAGAGUGGCUUUGAGGAUAAAGAUGACAAAGCUAAGCUGGAGCAGAUUGGGAUUAACAUUGCAAUGAAAUGUGUAGGUGUGGGUUUAGCAGCUCAAUCACUUGGGUACAUGUUAAAUUCUAUGCCAACAUCUCAUGAAUGGGAGUCAGUGAGAGACAGUGAUAUUUGGACUCUAUCUGCUUCAGACUCGGAAGAUACACCUUCAAGACAAGUGAUUGCAUCCUUGAGGUUAAGUUAUAGUUCCAUGCCUUCAUAUUUGAAACUGUGCUUUGCCUAUUGUGCAAUCUUUCCAAAAGGUCACAAGAUAGUCAAAGAUGAUCUAAUUCGCCAGUGGAUUUCUCUUGAUUUUAUCAAGCCAACCAGAACAUCCUCCAGUCAUCAGCUCGGCGAGAAAUACAUUACGGAGCUUUUAGGGCUGUCAUUCCUUGAACACUCAAAGUCAUCACUGACUGCUAGAGUGCAUCCUGACGAUGUUACAUUAUUCACCAUGCAUGAUCUUGUGCAUGAUCUAGCCAGAUCGGUAAUGGACGAUGAAAUUCUUGUCGCUAGUGAAGAUGGCAACCUUGGGGGAAGCAACUGCCACUUUGCAUUGCUCGAUGAUUGUAACAAGCGAUUGGAGUCACCCAGGAUAAGAGCACUCCAUUUUAUGGACUCUGCUGAAAUUGGACUUCAUGAUGCUGCAUUUCCAUCUGCUAAGUCCCUACGUGUCUUGGAUUUAAGUCAGUGUUGCAUACAUAAGUUGCCAGAUUCUAUUGAUCGAUCAAAACGGUUGAGGUAUCUUAACGCUCCCAGAAUACAUGAUGCAACGAUUCCCAAUAGUAUAACCAGUCUAUCAAAAUUAAAUUACCUCAGUCUCCGAGAUUCUUCUAACAUCUUGACACUGCCACAGUCGAUUGGAGAAAUUGAAGGUCUGAUGUAUCUUGAUUUAUCUGGUUGUUCGGGAAUGAGAGAACUUCCAAAAUCCUUCGGAGAGCUAAAAAAAAUUGGUGCAUCUUGA